GAGCUUCCAUUAGCGCUCCACCAAUAUGGCCGACAACGCCAGCUCCAGGGUGGACACCCCCACCAACAUCUCGCUCAGCGCCGCCGUCGCCGACUCGCUGGAGUACAAGACGGUGUCGGUGUUCCUGGUGCUACUGGUGUGCAGCGUGGGCAUCGUGGGGAACGUCAUGGUGGUCCUGGUGGUCCUCACCGCGCGCCACAUGAGGACGCCCACCAACUGCUACCUGGUGAGCCUGGCCAUCGCCGACCUGACGGUGCUGGUGGCGGCGGGGCUCCCCAACGUGUCCGACAGCCUGACGGGAACCUGGGUGUUCGGCCACGCCGGCUGCCUGGGCAUCACCUACCUGCAGUACCUGGGCAUCAACGUGUCGUCCUGCUCCAUCACCGCCUUCACCGUGGAGAGGUACAUCGCCAUCUGCCACCCCAUGAAGGCCCAGACGGUUUGCACCGUGUCCCGCGCCAAGCGCAUCAUCGCCGGCGUGUGGCUGGCCACCUGCGUGUACUGCAUGCUGUGGUUCUUCCUGGUGGACAUCCAGGUGAAGGAGGACGGCCACGUGCUGUGCGGCUACAAGGUGAAGCGGGAGCUCUACCUGCCCAUCUACCUCAUCGACUUCGCCAUCUUCUACGUGGUGCCGCUGCUGCUCGCCAUCGUGCUCUACGGCCUCAUCGCUCGCAUCCUCUACCUCAGCCCUCUGCCCAACCACCCGGACGCCGGCGCCACCACGCUGCGCCGGAGCUGCCGCGAGGCCCCCGAGGGAGCCCGGGGGGGCCGGUCGGGUCGGCCCAAGAGUGCACUCUCCUCCAGGAAGCAGGUGACCAAGAUGCUGGCGGUGGUGGUGAUCCUGUUUGCCCUGCUGUGGAUGCCGUACCGCACGCUGGUCCUGAUCAACUCCUUCGUGUCGGCGCCAUACCUGGACGACUGGUUCAUCCUCUUCUGCCGGACGUGUAUCUACGCCAACAGCGCCAUCAACCCCGUCAUCUACAACGCCAUGUCGCAGAGGUUCCGCUCCGCCUUCCGGGGGCUCUACCGCUGCCGGCGGCUGGACGCCCACCAGAGGACGCUGUCCGUUGUCCAGGCGGGAUUUGGCACCAUGCGGGAGCCCCGCGCCGCCCACGCUAACGGCGGCGGGGUCGAAGGGGGGGUCCGGGAGGCCAAGCAGAAUGGAGCCGGACCUCCAGAGGCGGUGACGGUCAACGGAACCACGUUCGACCAGAGGAGUCCUGACAAGAGUCCUGACGAGAUGCCGCUGAGCGGCGGCGGAGAGCCUUAUCGACCCGCGACCAACCGAAACAGUUCCACAGACGAAUAA